GCCGAGUCGGCCGCCGGCGGAGGUACCGGCUCCCGGCUCGGGCUCCGGGCUCCGGGCUCCGGGCUCGGCUCGGCUGCGCGGUCCCCGCAGCAGCGAGGCUGGGCGGGCCGGCGCCUCACGCCCUCCCGCCAGACCGCCAUGCAGGGCCCCGCCGGGAACGCGAGCCGCGGACUGCCGGGCGGGCCGCCCUCCACUGUCGCGUCCGGGGCGGGCCGCUGUGAGAGCGGCGCGCUCAUGCACAGUUUCGGCAUCUUCCUGCAGGGGCUGCUCGGCGUCGUGGCCUUCAGCACGUUAAUGCUCAAACGCUUCAGAGAACCAAAGCAUGAGAGACGUCCAUGGAGAAUAUGGUUUUUAGACACUUCAAAACAAGCCAUAGGGAUGCUGUUCAUCCACUUUGCAAAUGUGUACCUGGCAGAUCUCACUGAAGAGGACCCUUGCUCACUGUACCUCAUCAACUUCCUCCUGGAUGCCACUGUGGGCAUGCUGCUCAUCUAUGUGGGAGUGCGUGCUGUCAGUGUCUUGGUGGAGUGGCAGCAGUGGGAAUCCCUGCGUUUUGGUGAAUAUGGAGACCCUCUGCAGUGUGGGGCCUGGUUUGGGCAGUGCGCCCUUUACAUCGUGAUCAUGAUCUUUGAAAAGUCCAUCGUCUUCAUAGUCCUCCUCAUACUUCAGUGGAAAAAGGUGGCCCUACUGAAUCCCAUUGAAAACCCAGACCUGAAACUGGCCAUCGUCAUGCUGAUCGUCCCCUUCUUUGUCAAUGCAUUGAUGUUCUGGGUAGUGGACAAUUUCCUCAUGAGAAAAGGGAAGACGAAAGCUAAACUAGAAGAGAGGGGAGCCAACCAGGACUCAAGAAAUGGGAGCAAAGUUCGCUAUCGGAGGGCAGCAUCCCACGAGGAGUCGGAGUCUGAGAAGCACAAGACUUGAGGCCUCCUGGUGGGGCCUGGGGUCCAGGGAGGGCAAACGCAGAAGGGCUGCUGCCACGUCUCAGCCGUGCCUCUCCGCUGCCCAGAUCCUGAUCUCCGCAGACGAUGAGAUGGAGGAGUCUGACGUGGAGGAGGACCUCCGCAGACUGACGCCCCUCAAGCCUGUGAAGAAAAAGAAGCACCGCUUUGGGCUGCCUGUAUGACACAUUCCAAGCUGGGGGUGACAAGUUUGGGGCCCAGCCAGCUGCUGGGUCAGCAGGUGGUCACCCCGCAGCGUCAUCCCUUCCCUCCUCUCUCUGCCCCUCCUCUUCUACCUCCACUCCUCUCGCUGUCUCUGCCCACUCUCCACCCGCCCCCAGACUACUGUGACUUAAAAAGAAGGAAGAGGAACCAGUGCCUGAGGGGGCCGUGGGCAGCUGGAGGUCCCCGCUCAGUUGCACUACAAACACUGACCAAAUAUGCAAGCGAGGAGCUUUGUUUGUUCAUUGUUGUCCUGCAGAGUGUUGUGAGGGCCCCGAAGCCCCUGUCCUGUGUCUGACUGGGUGGUGCGGUACAAGAAAACACAGGCCCGCACAGACUGCGGGUGGGUCUCUCCCCAAGGCUGCGGGCAGCGAGGACACAUGACGUGCUUGGGGCUGAAAGUCACUUACUGACCAAGUUGGAAAUGGAAUGCUUUCUUACUCAAAAUGGCUUUUGUAACUCUUGAUUUCUAAAGCCGGUUUUAUGAGCUAUGACAGUGUUAACUGUUUUUUGAGUAUGUGUUUAUUUCCUACAAAGUACCUAUGGGACUAAUGGGCAAAACAUAGAUUUUUAAGUCUUCCGUAUGCUGUUUGACUUUUAUAUUUUUAAGUUAUAUUUUCAUACUAUUGUAUUUAAAAACUCUUUUUAAUCCCCAAAGAAAUGGAUUUGUUUGCCUUUCAUGGGGUAUGAGCUGGUGGGAGGAAAAAGUCAGGAGUUUUUUACUUGAGAUAUUGUUAGGUAAAGUCCUACGAUAAGAUGAGGCAAGUGACCCCUGAGGGCAGGAUGGACAGCCUUGGCCUGGAAUCAGAACAGUGGUUGUGAAAGGUCAGACCUGAACAUGAGACAACUGGUCUGAAGGUGAACCUGUGUGCCCUAGUACUUGUGGAACAGGAAGGGAUCUGCCAGGGCCCACACUCUCCUUGGCAUUUCUGCUGGCAGGUUAGAGGUCUUGGUUAAACUUGACUGGAAAAGGAGCCUAAGAGUUAGGUCUUUGUGUCCAGAGGAAUCAAGACCACCAGGCUGCUCAUAUGUGUUCCCUACCUCUCCCCAGAGCCUCCAGAUAUCAAGUAUAAAAUAGUUGCAGCCUCUUCUCCUCCUCUACAGCAGCCUGCAGAGCCAGUCCUGUUUUGGUGCCUGUCAUCUGCUCAUUUUUGCAUGGCACUCUGGAGAAUGUUCACCUGGCCAGGUGAGCCUGUUUUCAGUCUCACCACCACCACCACUCUGCUGAGCAUAGUGGCUGGGGUGGACAGGUAGAGGUGACAGAACCCACUGUCUAAAUCCAGAGGGUGCAUCCUCUCCUCACAUGGUAGCACCGCUCCUCAGCCUGGCCAUAGGCCCCUGUGGCUCGGAGAGUUUGCUGAAUGGAGGUGGAGCUGACUGAGCCCAGCACUUUCCUUCUGUGGAAGCAGCAGGGUGGAGUGGCAGUGGUUUGUCAUGCCAGGAGGCAGCCAUGAACCUUUAGGAACAGAAAACCACACUGCUACGAUGCAGGCUAGAAGUAACAGCCCAGGCUUGAGGUGAGACAAGUGCAUAGGCCAUUCCUCUCAGAACCACCUUUUUAAACCUACAUAAAACUGUGUUCCACUUUAGCUUAAUGGGUCUGAAUGUGUUUGUGGCGUGUGAACCAGACUGUUAAACCAGGCACCUGGAACUGUCCCCUGCUGCUUGCGGUUCUGCCUGUCUUGACAUGGUGGAAUAACUUGGGAGACCCUCUCAGCCCAUCUUCCUCCAGGAAAGUAGACGUCACUGUGAGGAGCAGGGACUGUACCUGUGCAGUAUGAGGUGAGUCCACCAGUGUGGGUAUCACCACCAGAGGAGGGGAGAGGCUGGCAGAGAGCGAGACAGAGACUGCCUAGGUCCUGCAUUGUUCCUGCUCUCAUUCACUCUCUUUGGUUCCUCCCAUUCCACAAGUAUGGUCUUUCCCCACCACAUCUUCAGUGGGGCUCUCUUGAGUUGCAUUUGGGAAGACCAGGACUGGCAUUCCUGGGGAGACUGUUGCUCAGAGUUGGACUUCAUUUUCAGUCUUGAGGUCCUAGCAUUUCCAAACCAGGUUCAGGGGUAGGGGACCACAGUCUGUAAAAGAUGGAAACUUGGGUUGUGUAGACCUCAGAGAACCUCAUCUUCAAGUAUCCAUUGAACAGUGGACUUGAGGGACAAAGGUAGCAAGUGAGUGCUGGUGUUGUCCUGUGUCCUGAUUGUUAAUAAGGGCUUAGUCCCUGAGCUGCAGCUGUGUAACUGGCUGACGGUGGAGGCCAAACAGCGAGUCUGUCUGAUCACCAGGGGCCUCUUGGUAUGCAGGCUUGGACAAUGUGGAAUCACAUAUUUGACCUUACCCUCCUCCUGUGCGGAUAUGCGUGUGCAUGCACACACGAGUCUGUAUGCCCUGGGAGAGCCUCCAGUAGUCACUGGGACCUCACAUGGCACACUGUCACAUGAGAGCAAUGCAGAGAGCUGUAGUCAGGACUUCUUCCUGAGCUGUCCUCCCUCCCUGGGAUGAGUUUCUUCACCACCUGUUCCAAGGUGCCUUAUGAGGUACAGCCCUUCACUGGCCAAUGGCAGGUGUCACCAUGCUUGAGAAAUGAUGGGAUACUGACGGGAUAUUGUACACUGUCAAUCUGAUUUGUCCAAAUCUGAACCUUGACCAAGCCACUCAUCAUGGAAGCUUGCAAGUCAAGGACAAGAGCAGGUUUCUUGUAACUGGUAGAAAUAAACUAAUGAGGCAGAACUGUAAUCUGAUUGGAAGAGAAGGUUGUUGCUGUUAUUUCCUUUUGCUGUCACUAGGACAUUAAUAAUGGCAAGGGGAUGGUGGUGAGAUCCCCAGUGGCAGUGGCUUCUCCAUCCACACAGUGUGAAGAUGUGCAAGGUGAGGGUCUGUGUCCCCUCAGCCUUGAGCACUGUGGUGACCUCCUGCCACAAAAUUUCAUUUGUGCCCUCCCUGGCAACAGGGAAUGUUGGGUUAAUGUCACCUCUUAUGCCUCUUUCUUCAGGGAACAUAUAAAAAGGCUCAAAUGCAAGUCAUAACUUCCCUUCAACAGUGUAGACCCAGGGUCCACAUCUGAAGUCUGGCCCAGGACCCUGAGGGAGCAGGGCUUGGUCAACCCUCCAGACUACAGUUCAGUGACCUUUUUGCAGAAAGUCAAAGCAGGUGUCCUGACACAGCAGCCACCUCAUAGGGGACAGGGCUGACUCCACACCCUUCCAGUUAAGAGGCAGAGCUCUGUUUCACCCUGUAAGACAUUGACAGCCCUGAGGGGCAGUGCUUUUGGUAAGAGACUUUUGGUCUGACCCUGAGCACCUUGAGCUCCUGGGCAGGUGGGUGGGCAAGUUGGUCAGUUCCUUGAUUGGUUUGGUUGUUUUAAAUUUGAUUUUUCUUUUCAUGAAGUUUACUAGAAGUCAGACCUACGUGAGCAAAACCAUGGCCCACUUCGUCCACCAUCCCAGCAAGGGUGUUCUAUCAGUCCUGUUAUGAGUCACAGAAACACAGUUUCAAAAAUGAAAGGGAAGACGAUGUACUUAACAUUGUAAAAUGGUUUACAAUAAAGUUUGACAUC